GAGAAUUUGUAUUCUUUCAUUGGAGGGAAAAGUACAUGACUCAUAUGUAUGUAACUGCGUCUGGACUGAGAUUCAAAAUAGGCCCUGGCAUUUCAGGUACACGGAGGCCCAAACAGGCCACACAGCAGCCCAAUAUAUAGUAGUGAUUGUCUAUGGCAACUUACAGCAGCCCCUCUGGCACUUGCCGGAACCCGGAGGUUGCCAGUCCGGGCCUGGUUGGUUUGUACAUUGUAUUUACAGGCAGUAAAUAAGUGAUUGUGCCGAAAUAGCUGCGUGUGCAAAUACAAUGAUCAUAGGUCUCCCUCCCCUUCACAUUCCCUGGGUAUUUGGCAACCCCUUGCUCAUAAACAAAACUCCUCUGGGGGGUACAUGUGAGUGGACUUGAGCCAGGAACUAGUGGUUGCUAAAUAUGUGGGGAAUGAUUUACAUGUCAGCCAUCUAAUAAUAUAAUAAAGAGCCAUAUAAUAAAGAGAUUGGGGUUUAGUUAGAGGAGUUGUUGCUCUACAUACAAGCCAUGGAGUCAUUGUGCCAGUCCUACAUAUCCUUGUGCCUCCUGAGUAACACAUUAUUUGUCUUUGGAAACCUUUCUAUAAAAGUUGCCAGAAAAAAAAAGUUAGGUGCCAUCAUUUUUCGUUCCUCUGAAUCCGCAAAAAAAAAAAAAAAAUAGACUAGUGACCGGGAUAGUUUAUUAUUGCCUGAGUGAAGGGGGGAUAAUGGUGCCCCCCGAGGUGCGCGCAGGCGCAGUGUCCUGUUAUUCUCCCCCUCGCACAAUCCUUUCAGGUUUCAGCAGGAGCUGUCAGCCGAGACGCCAAUCACGCGGAGGCGACCAAUCAGAGGCGCGGGUUAUUGUUGCGCUCUCUGGGCAGUAGCCGUGUCUAUGAAUCUCUAUUCAGUCCUUCGAUGCUUCCUGCUGCUGCUUCCCAAGCGUUUGGCCAUUCCACGUAGACAUUAAAGAAAAAGAAAAAAAAAAACUUGAAAAACUUUAAGGGGGGGGGAGAGGGAAAAGUUUUUCUUAUAUUCUUUUGCCACAGCCAGGUGAUUGUAGAAUUAGCAGCCAUGAGUGUGGAAGCUUUGGGAAACACAGGGAUGGAGCCUCCAUUUACAAAGAGGAACCCGGCGCUGAGAUUAGUAGACUUGGCAGGGGCACAUCAUCAUCAUCAUCAUCAUCCUCACCCCCCUCAGAGCGUGACCGGCUACCCGGGGUACGUGGCUCAUUCCCACUCAUUGGCUCAUGGGCACCCUGGGGAGUUCGCUGCUGAUUCUCGCCUAGGGACAAGUCCUGCUUUCCGGACAGAACACAUAGGGCAUCCAGGGGCCCUGAAACUCAGCCCUGCCCAUAACCCUCACCACCGCCACCACCAUCAUCAUCAUCAUCAUAUGGCAGGCCACGCUGAAGUCGCCUCCAGUCAAACAGGAGCUUUUGGGCCGGCUCAGUCACCAGCUGGAUCCUACUCAUCUCUCCCCCUUCCAUCUCAGGCAGUUUGUGCAGCAGGUAGGGACUGGCUAAUAGGCAGAGAUCUGACAGUUGCAGUCAUGCCAGGUCUCACUGAGCAGCACUCACCAUCUCACCAUGGAAUGUUUCUUUCAACAACAGGUAGUUACCCUGGGCACCAUGGGCACCACACGGAAUCUGGAAGCCAUCCCUACUUCUCUGGAUCUCCUGAGCAAGCGUCCCAUGCCACCCCAGGUGGCCACCCUCUGAACGGCCAGAUAAGACUGGGGCUACCUGGAGAUAUGUACACCAGGUCUGAUCAUUUCACUCAGCCAGUCACUAGGACAGAUCAUUUUGCCUCUCCAUCUCUACACAACUACUGUGGCAUGAACCUCAACAUGAACAUCACUCCUCACCACCACCAUGGCCCUGGUGCCUUCUUUCGUUACAUGAGACAGGCUAUCAAGCAAGAGCUCAUCUGCAAGUGGAUGGAGGAAGAUCAGCUCCCCAAAAAACUCUGCUCCAAAACUUUCAGCACCAUGCACGAGCUGGUCACCCAUGUUACUGUGGAGCACGUUGGGGGAUCAGAGCAGUCCCACCACAUCUGUUUCUGGGAAGAAUGUCCAAGAGAAGGGAAACCUUUCAAGGCCAAAUACAAACUGAUCAACCACAUCAGAGUGCACACAGGCGAAAAGCCUUUCCCUUGCCCCUUCCCUGGAUGUGGCAAAGUCUUUGCGCGAUCAGAAAAUCUCAAGAUCCACAAAAGAACUCACACAGGCGAGAAACCGUUCAAAUGUGAGUUUGAAGGCUGCGACAGACGCUUUGCCAACAGCAGCGACAGGAAAAAGCACUCUCACGUCCACACGAGCGACAAACCCUACAACUGCAAAGUGAGAGGCUGCGACAAGUCGUACACGCACCCCAGUUCCUUGAGAAAACAUAUGAAGGUGCAUUGCAAAUCCCCACCUCCCAGCUCAGGCUACGAAUCCUCCAUCCCUUCCCUAGUGUCCCCCUUGUCAGACUCAGGGCAGGACCCUGGUGCCACGUCCACUCAACCUGAGCCUCCGCCAUCGUCGCAGGGAGCCAACCUGAGCGAAUGGUAUGUGUGCCAGGGCUCAGCGGCUAGCGGCAUCCCGACUCCUCCCAGCAACACUCCUUCACCUGAGCACAGGAAGCCGCCCUACACCAACUGGGAAUCCAGAGCCGCUUACUAAAUAUCAGACGCUUCACUUCUGACUGACUCAAGGACUUGCUAGAGGGGACUAAUGUGAAUUGCUAGCCUUAAGGCACACGGGAUCCAGUGUAAGAUAAAUAUUUGCUUUGUUUAAAGGGGAACUUUGGGUCUCUCUUUUUUUUAAUUAUUUUUAUUUAAUAAAAGCACAAACAGGGUUGUCCCCUCUCCUUGUAAAUUGUUCAUAUUUUUCAACAACAAGCCAAAGUGUUUUGUUAAGGCUGCGUAGGCAAGAUCAAUUGCCCGAGGCUCACACUGUCCCCUUGCCCUCUGCUAGCCAAUGGCUCUGCUCUUUUUUAAAGCUCUUUUUGUUACUGCUUUGUAUAAAAAUCCACUUUUCUCAGUGACUACUGCCAAUCAUACUGCAUAUCCAACUCAUCCCAGGGGGGCUGUUUGUUGCCGGGAAUGCAAUGAUCCCGGGCUCAGGAUGGCCUGGCAGCUCAUGCUAAGAAGUGUGUUCCUUGCAGCAGUAUUGUGCGAUUGUCGUUGUACAGUUACAGGCAGAGCUUUCAGCUUGUAUGUGACAUGUUUCCAUGUUAAAGAUACCAUGUGGACGGUGAAUUCUUCAUGUGUGUAAAUAAAUGGUUUUUUUUUAUUA